AUGUUCUGGUUUCUAUUCAGCAGCUUUUUUAUAAAGUGUGUUUUCCUUUCCCAUCAUGUCAUCUGGAAGCAAUUCCUCCCAACAGCUGGAUUUGCUUUCACAAAAUUGGUAAACACCGCGAAUGGAAGGCCGGGGACGAUGCGGAGCUCCCCGGAGGAACCUUGUCCCCACCCUCUUGGCUCACGGUCUGAGGCUGAUAGCGGGUCCCGCACCAGCCUCAUCAAAACCAAGGGCGUCCUCCCGCAGGCGAGCCACACUGCAUUCCCCGCUUCAGAGGGUCAACGUGUUCUUCGGGGGGCUGGGGGAGAGGAUAAAUUUUCUGAAUGUUCUGCAGAUAAAAUCGAUCAGAUGCAUGUCAGAUUGCCAGCUGCCAGGCGCGCGUGCGCCUGCGGAGGCCCCACCAGCGCGGGGCACCAGCGCCUCUUGGCCCACGGGAGGCCUCUUUUGGCACCGCGGCCACCAAAGCCAGUAAGAGAGGGCGAGAGCCAGAAGAGCACUGACUGGGCCCUCAGGGAAGAUGAAUGUCUCCCCAGAUGUGCUCCUCUGAGACAAGUUUCCACGCGGAUGCAACCGGAACGCCGUCCAGGCUCCGGAAGGCGAGGCCCAGAGCGCAGCGGCCUCGGAGCGCUGGCUCAGCCUGUCCCCGCCGCGGCCGGGGCCCGGGAGACCGCUCUUCCCGGGUUCACCAACCAACACGGCUUGCUCUGGGCCGAUAGGCCCAGGGCACAGUGUGAGCCGGAAUACGGUGCAGGGGACGCAGCUCGGGCCCCAGGCACUCCCUCCUGUCUCGGAAGAAGUGCUGUUCUUUGAUCACCGUUUUUAAUGUGGGGAAACCAGCCGAGCACGUGGCUGAACUCUCGGAGUGAGCGCGGAGCGCCGGUGAGCCCCCGCCCUGAGGCAUCGAGACGCUGCUGGCCAGGCCGGGGUGGGUGGCAGAGGCUUCCUUCAUGCACCACCAAGGCUGCGGGCUGUCAGGGCCUAGCUUCCAUGAAGAAGGGGCCUUCCCAGGGGGUAAAGUGGGCCUCUGACCGCAACGUUCUCGGGGAAGAGAUAGACAUCCUUCUUACUGGACAAACAAAAGGAGACCGUCGAGGGGAGAGAUUCACCAGAGGACCCUGGUGAGGGCGACGCCCAGCUCCUCAGCAAAAGUCACUGAGCUUCUUCAGUGGAGCCGGUUUGCCUGGGCCCAGCGUGUGCAGAAUGCGUUCCCUCACGCUCCUUCUGUCCUGGGGGGCCUCCUCUCCUCUCUCUCCCUCCAGCCUGAUGGAAGCUUUAUUCUCGUCCGGGCGCCGGAGGACAGAAACUGCAUCCGACAUUUUCCCAUGAGUCAUGGUAUCUUGCCUGGAAUUUUGAAAAUCUAUGAGUUUCUGUUUUUUCCAUGGCAAGGCUCAUUCCUCCAGACCUUAGUCACUCUGUUCUGGCUGCCUGAACUGCUAGUGAGGGGCCUCAGGGUGCACCUGGAGAAAUUCAUUGAGGACCAGAUCAGAGCGAUAGUUUUAUCUCAUAUGUAAGAAGUUAACAAGAACUACAAGUCUAUAAUCCCAGCAUUUUGGGAGGCUGAGGCGGACGGACCACGAAGUCAAGAGAUCGAGAUCAUCCUGGCCAACAUGGUGAAACCCCAUCUCUACUAAAAAUACAAGAAAAUUAGCUGGGCGUGGUGGUGCGCGCCUAUAGUCCCAGCUGUUUGGGAGGCUGAGGCAGGAGAAUUGCUUGAACCCAUGAGGCAGAAGUUGCAAUGAGCCGAGGUUGUGCCACUGCACUCCAGCCUGGCCCUUGGUGACGGAGUGAGACUCUGUCUCAAAAAAAAAAAAAAGAAAAGAACUACAAGUCUUGCCAAUAGCAUCCACAUUUUCAGUUUUUAAAUUUCUGCUCACUUUUUGGUGAGCAAUAAGACCACUGACACCACGGAACAGACAGGGGCUGACACUGCACCAACCGAGUAUAGUCCUACUGGAGUGACGUCACGAGACAACUGAGAAGUUCUGCGUGUUUGUGGGUACUCGAAAGUCUAAAUUCAACCUACAGAAGGUGAUUGAAGAGGGUUAAUGUACAACGUUUGAAAGUGUGGGUUGUUCACAAGCCAAAUAUAUCAAUGCUGAAAAUGUCCAGUCCCACACAGAAUGUAAGCACCUUGCAGGCAGGAAUGUUGUCCAUUCUGUACAUUGCUGUUUCCCAGUGUCUAGAACAGUGACUGGCUCACAGUAGAUGAUUAAUGCUUACUGAAAGCAUCAACUGCCUAUGCCUUGGAGUUCUUGUCGCCACUUGCCAUUCUAUUACCUUUACUGUAUUUUAUUUCAAGACCACAAGUUUUUGAAAGCAGAAAUAAGUCUUCCCUCCUAUAACAUGUAUCUCAUUCAUAAAUAGGAUUCAAUACCUCUAUGGUGAAUUACCCAAUUUAGCCAAUGAUUAGAUAAUUUAGAUACAAAGUCCUAAAUAGGUCAUGAGGAAAGCAAUGGCCCAUGUGAUAGAAAUGGACAACUGCUGGAGCCCUCAGAAGGGCUAAAGUAACUGUGUGGCAGGGAAGUAAAUUUCCUGCCCCAGAAAUCUGGCAAAAGAAUUCACUUGAGGAUUUAAGUCUCAGAAAUAAAGACCCAAGGUAGGAGGCAGAGAAGGGGAGGUCUUUUUCAGGGCCUAUAGAUUAAGGGUAUUUAGAUACCAGUUAAGAAAGGGACCAGAUGCCAGCCAGGUUUGUGCUUCAGUUUAACCAUGUUCCUUGCAAAACUUGCUUAUCAGAAGAUCAGAAGCUCUGACGAUCAUUACUGAAGAGGAUUCAGAGAAAUUAUCACCUACUCCCGGUUGAAGAGAGAACAAGUCGUGGUCUUUUUUUGGUGUCAACCUCUAUUGAAAUGUGCUGUUGUCAAAUCAAAAAGGGGACAGAUUCGGAAUUUUACAACUCUGAUAAAAGUGAAAUAAAAGGAAAUCUGUAUCAUCUUAAUCAAA